AUGAGUCCAACUGAUAAAAUAAGUGUUAAGAGUGAGAAAGAAAGUCUCAUUCCAGAAAGUUUGGAUAAGACUGAAGGUCAGGACAUCAACGGGGAACAAAAAUCCAAUAUUGAGGCUACUGUGUGCUGUAUUUGUUGUAAGAAAAUCACAAUUUUUGCGAUUGGCUCUUGUGAUCAUUCAAUAUGUUUUGAGUGUUCAACCCGACUGCGCGUUAUAUGCAAGGAAAGGACCUGUCCAGUGUGUAGAUGCGAUUUACUCAAAGUCAUUUUUUGUAAAUAUAAACUGCCCUUUCAACAACUCGAAGCCGAUCGUGGUCCAAGUACAAGUUAUGACCGGGAAUAUUGUAUAAAAUUUGUUGAUGUUACCGUUAGAAAGGAGUACUUUCGUCUUUUGGAACAUCGCUGUCCAAAAUGUAAAUGUGGUGCGUUCAGAUGUUUCAUAAGCCUUGAAAGUCAUAUGAAUAGAAUGCACAACCUUCACUUUUGUGAAAUCUGUACGGAAAGCUUAAAAUUAUUCUCGUUUGAACGCAGAUGUUAUACAAAAUCUGAGCUGAAAGAACAUAUUAAGAGCGGCGAUGCGAAUGACGCGUCGCAACGUGGUCAUCCAAUAUGUAAGUUUUGUCGUCGGAAUUUUCUUGAUAAAGAUGAGAUAUACCAGCAUAUGAAACAAAGGCAUUAUUCUUGCCAUUUUUGUGAAACUCCUGAUUUCUAUGCUAAUUAUACUGAAUUGGCAAAACAUUUCCGUACACAGCAUUAUCUUUGCGAAAUAGGCGAUUGCGCCAAUUGUGAGUUUGUCAAUGCGUUUCGAAGCGAAAUCGAUUUUAAGAUUCACAAAAGUUUAAAGCAUGGUGAAGAGGUUGCAAGUGCCUCAAUUGAGGCACAAAAAGUAGUACUAGAAAAUUUAUUUGUGUCAACACGCCAAGGCGACAGACGUAACCAAAAUCGUAAUAAUGAUAUCGGUCCUGAACCGAGCACUUCGAAACGCACCACUAAUAAUGCUGUUAAUAUUAAAAGUGAAAUCGAUUUUCCACAAUUGAAUAAAAGGUCAACUUCCAAUCCAGUCUUAAAUAUACAGAAAAAGCAACCACCUAAGGAGAAGGUACUUAUUGAAGCAUUCCCACCUUUGGGUACAAACCAUCGCAAGCGCAAUAUUGUCACAGCAGACUUCAUAAGAGAAAUGCCAACAAGCAGUGCAGCUCCUCAAGUUAAUGUCGGUAGUGUUCACAAUAGUAGCGGUAUUAUCCGUAAUUCUUCAAUUGCGUCACCUUAUAUAUCAUCAGCGCAGCAACGAAAUGCUAUCGUGGCAAGAAAUGCCAGUAUCGCAACUUCUUCUGGAUCUGGAUCACAAUCACGUGCAGACCUUAAAGAAACUGAGCAAGCUCGUAAAGAAAGGAAUACAGCAAUAAAAAAAACUCUUCCAAAGCACCCGUAA